CGUGGAAAAGUCAAUUUGACAGCUUCUGUUCUGCGAUUUCUGUCGUGUAACGUGUUGUUAGUGUGUUUUGGAGUGUUUGUUAUUGUGAUUUAGAACUUGUGAAAGAUUUUAAAAAUCGAACACCUGAAAAAAAAAGAAACUGCAAAUCGCAUGUUCUACUUUUUAAUGGACAGUGUAUAUCAGCCGAGUAGACUCGCUCAAGUGUAUUUUGUGUGUGACUAAUAAAGUCGGAGACAGGAUUUUCCCAAUAUUAUGUGGAAUAUUUUAAUAAGAUACCAACCGCAUCGCUGCCGCAUAUGAUGGCGUAGAAAACCGGUCGGAGACACCCAGCACAAAUGAUAUUAGACAAUCUAAUGGAAGGAGAGUCGGUGACCACGAAAACUUUUUUAUCUUCAAUCAAAAAGUUCAAUUCAGACGAAAGGGAGCACAGCGCUAUAAAAGCCCUCCUGAAGAACUUCAUCCUCCCCGACACAGACAUGGCUAUUAAACAGAAACAAAGCUUAAACGACAGAUGCAUUUACUCCGUUCCAAUAAAACCUUCUAUAUCACCUGCAAGCGAAAGGAAACAAACAAUCAACGAGGCUAAACAAGCUUUCCUGAACGCCACCGUCGACUCCACAAUUUUACAUGCGAAGCAAACGAUUAAAGAACCUAUAUUGCAUUACGCUCAAAUAGCCACAGUCACAGAAAGUGACGACACAAGAAGCACUGGUGGAGGAGAGAAAUCACAACCAAUAGACAAAACUAAAACUAAAUCAAACACACUUCCUAUAGACAUCCCAAAAAAUAACAAAAAAAGAGUCGAGCAGCAACAAAGAAAAGUGAGUUUCAAAAUAAAAAACGCCUCUGCAUCAUACCGACGGCCACCAUUAGUUACAAAAACAACAAUGACAAUAACCAGUAGUAAAGUAUCAGAAUUAACAAAAAAGUUUAAUAAUUUAAUGAAUGAGGGAUCAAACGGAUCAAUGAAGCAAUCAAAGUUAGCAAAGACGAUAGAACAUCUACAAACAGCAUCCCGAUGUACUACCAGUAACAGUUCCACGCCUUCAUCCACGCUCAGUUCCAGCCCAAAUAUCAAAAUAGUUUUACGUCAUAGAAGAAGUUCCAAAAGACGUGGGCAUAAAAAACGGUGUUCAAGUGUAGAUUCGGUAGAUAAACUAAUUUUAUCUGAAGGAUCUGCCGCCAAAAUUCGUGUAAUUCGUUCUAAGUCCGAUGGUACCAAAAUUCCUAAGUCUCCUAAAAAACGUUUAAAAUAUCAAGACUCGAGUGAACAACAAAGUGGAUCUGAUUCCGUUGAUGGCAGUCCGGCAAAACCAAAAACAAAUGAAUCUCCUAGACAAACAGUGGAUAUUCCAGCGGAAACAAAUGCUGUGAAAGACGCUAUCAAAAAGUUUGAAAAUGAAAUUAGUGCCCAAGCUAGUACCAUCAUUGUUAAAAGACCAAACAAUCAAUCUUCAAAUAUAAUACCCAUAAAGGAAAAACCAAAAGUACCUGAAAAGAAAUCUUCAUUAGUGUUAACAAAAAAUUUAGUUUUAAAAGAUGGUGUCCCUAAAAUUAAGAGCAUUAAAGGUGUUUCUAAUGACAGUAAUAUUAAUCCAAUAAAACAAGAAGAAAGCACGAAUAAAGAACCAGAUAGCCCAAAAAAGAAAGAGCCUAUUUAUGUUAGAAAUAAAUUUAAAACAAAUUACAUUCAUUCCGAAAAACUGCCGCUACAUCUAGUUGAAAUUAUACAAGAAGAUGUAAAUGAAAACUCUCAUAGUAUUUUUUUAGAACCAAUAACAAGUGAAUCGGUAGCUGUGACAAACUUAAAAGAAGAUAACUUAUACCAGGAUCUGGACACGCCAGUGGCUCCAAACGAUUCGUUUUUAUGGCGAAGGAAAAGUUCACAGAUUUAUUCUGAAAAUGAUAGAUCUACUUCCGAAAGUACUUAUGGGUUUGUCACUGUGAUAAUGAAUGAGACGACUGUUACUUGUAAUGAAUCUGAUAAUGAAACUAGUAAAUCUACUCAUAUUGAGCAAUCUCAUGAAAAAGACAUAGACGAAUCUCAAGAUAAAUGUGAAGCCCCCAUAGUUGACGUAGAUCAAAACUCAGAUUUUGAAAGUAAUUUAAUAGAAGCAUGCAACAAUGAAGUUCUUAUUGGUUAUACUUCAAAGACAAAGAGCAACCCGGUUGAUGAAGACGAUUAUGAGCCUCUAGAACCUCGAGACACUGAUAACGUUGUUGUAAUAUCAGUGAAGAGUGAUAGAACUUCAAAAAUUAAUUGCCCCUUACCAGAAAUUCCCAAAGAGGGGGUUGAACCAGUGAAAAUAAAUUCUGGAGAAAAUAUUUAUCAGUGUCUUUUAGAAAUGAGAUCUCAUCCUGAAGGAGAUGAGAGUAGUCUCCAUAACUAUGAGCUCUGUGGGCAAUUGGAGGAAAGAACGCGAGGCGAUGGCGAUAGUGAUGAUGGCUAUGAAUACUGCAAAUCGCCGAUCAAACCGUACUGCCUUACCUCCAGCUCCGGUAUACAAAUAGCUGAACACUACAACCCUUACAGUCCUGAUGCUAAUAGCAAAAAUUACUCUAUCUCAAAAUCUGUAAGUGGAGCGUCCACAGUUAGUUACGAAAAAAUAGGCUCCGAUAGGAUUUACGAAAAAAUACCACCCAGACCGCCAAAAUCUAAAGAAAGCAGUCCGAAUUAUAACAGACAUUCUAUUGCGUCUUCGGAUUAUACAGGCUACAAUGAUAGUGAGAAUAUCUAUGAUACUAUCAAGCAUGGUGAUGGAACGUCGCUAUCCCAUUGCUAUGAGAGUAUACCCAAUAGUCCAAGCAUGGUUAAAUUGAGGACUAAUUUGAAGAAACAGUUAACGUCUGCAGUUCAAAAGAGAUUGUCCUUCGAUAAUGUGUCGAACAUAAGUCAAUCGACACUCUCCAGUGAGCAGAAAACCAAUAGCAUUUAUGGCCAAAGGUCAGUCAUAAGUUACAACGGCCAAGAGAUAGCGUUUCAAGUGCCGAGUAGCGAGACAAGUGUGAGCGACCGAAGUGAUAGGAGCGACGAUUGGGUUGACGUGUCUGAUGAGGAAAAGACUGAAGAAAAGAAAAUUAUCAUAGUGCGCGAGAGAAGUCGAAAAAGUCCGGUCAGCUGGUCACAAAAAGUGAGGCACCAGUGGCAGAAUUCUCCUAAACAAAGCGAUGCUAAAGAUAAAGAAUGCGACAGUAGCGACUCGGGCCACUUCUACGAGUCCUUAGAGCCAGCAGCACCACAGCUACCGCUGCCGCCCACGCCUCCCAUACCUCUGGAAGAUGACUUCGAUUCCUUUGACAGCGAUAGCGACACCGAUGAACAUGACAAGACCCUACAACCGCAGUCGCCGCCUGCGUUGCCAGCGUCGCGGCUGCCCAACCCGCCCAACGCUGGAGGCCCCUACACGCUGACGAAGAUCGCCAACGCUGCGCAGCGCAAGAUGCGCCAGAUCAAACGGAAUCUCACCAAACGAUACUCUGUUGCAAUGGACGGCAAACCCUUUACGAAAUCAUCGAACAACCAAAACGGGACUUACGAUGUCCCGAAAAAUCAACCUAAAACCAAAUCACCCAAUAUCAUCUACGCCAACUACGAAAAACCUGAAAUCCAGCACGUUUAUUCAAAUGUCAACUUUAAUGACACCAAAAAUGCUUUGAAUAAGACUGAGAAUCCCUUGGCAAAGAUCACUGGAACUUUCAAGGAAGAGCUGAAAACUGUGAUAGGGGAAAAAGGCGUGAACAAGACUGGGGUAACGGACAAAGGGGUGAACAAAGCUGGGGUGGAAAAAGUUAUGAAUAAGACUGUACCAGAGAGAGGUGUUAAUAGGUCUAGUAUAGGCGAAAAAAGAAAUAGCAGUGGCGAAGUACCUCCACCGUUACCAGACAAGCUGCCUCCAGAAAAGCCCACGACUCCCACUAGUGAUACCAAGAGCAGUGGGACGCUAUCCCGCAAGGCGUACUUCUCCUUCAAGUCGAGGUUCAGGCGGGCGACGUCCAUGGCCGUGGAUAUCAACUCGGAUGUUCCCAGCGCGCUGAAGAUUACCAACUCUACCUUCUAUCUGACUGACUCUAUGGAUGGUGACUCUGGAUUUAGCAACUGCAGCGACAACGGCGCGGCGGAGACGCUGUCCCCCUCCAACCGGCGGCGCGACGGUACGCUCCGUGCAUGGUCCGAGUCCUCGCCGUGCCUGGCGCUCGAGCGGCCCGCGCUGCCGCCGCCGCCGCCGCCCAUGCACACUGACCUUAGCGCUGUGAACGAAGAACUAAAGCGGCUGCUGCCGACGCUCUCGCGCAAAGAGAAGGGCGCGCGCACGCGCACGUCGUGGUACGCCGAGUGCGGCGCGGACGCGGCGCCCGCGAACACCUCCACCUCAUCCUGGUACGCAGAAGCAGGUCUGUACCAAGCAGGGAACAUCUCGUCAUCGUCAGGCGCGUCCUCGGGCUCGCACCCCGCGUCGCCACUACCACACUCGCUCUUCACCCACGAGCCGCUCUACCAGUUCUACAACGCCGCUAAAGUUGAGUCAGCGUGUCGCGAGACAGGCGACUCGGACUCGGACGCGUACGAAGUAGGCGGGGGCUCCAUCGGCGGCACCAGCACUACGUCGUCGCGGCCCUCCGCCAUGGCCCUGGUCGCGCCGCGCGGACCCGCCCGGACCUUGUGGUGCGAGGUGCCUGAGGUCGUCAAUUCUUCUGUACUCAGUUCCUUAGCCCCUGCCCAGAAGAAACUUCAAGAGGCAAAGUUCGAGCUCCUAACGUCAGAAGCGUCGUACCUCAACUCGCUCAGCGUGCUGGAAGCGCACUUCAUCUCACAUCCCGCCUUCCGCGACCCGCACGUGUUGCCCCGCGAGGACUGGGAGACCCUGUUUUCUACCAUACUACCAGUACGCAAAUGCUCCCAACUCCUGAUGACGGAGCUGGAGCGGUGCUGGCAGGACAACAUCCUGCUGCACGGCAUCUGCGACAUCGUGCAGCGCCACGCGCAGGCGCGCUUCCACGCCUACGUCAAGUACUGCGAGAACCAGCCGCUCAUGGUGAAGACGCUGCAGCGCUUGCGGGAGCGGCCAGCCUUCGCUGCAGCGCUGAAGAGGUUAGAGGGUCACCCAGCGUGCCAGAGCCUUUCGCUGCACUCGUUCCUGAUGCUGCCGAUGCAGCGCGUCACGCGUCUGCCGCUGCUGCUGGACGCCGUGCUUCGCAACCUGGCGGCAGAGGACCACGAGUACGACGGCUGUAUGCACGCGCUGGCUACGCUCAACGACUUCGUGUCGCAAUGCAACGAGGGCGCUCGUAACACGGAACGAGUGGAGGAGCUGUGGCGAGUGGCCAGCGACAUUCAUGUGCCUCCCGCGCUCAGACACGCGCCUGAUUUAGGACCCGCGCUGUCUAGACGAGAUCGAAGGCCGAUUCGCUGGCUAGUCCGCUCGGGCGAGAUGACGCAACUGCUGUGGAAGACCGACGAGUUGAAGCUGACGUUUGGCAAAAAGUUCCACAAGGUUCCGCUGCAUCUGUUCCUCUUCAACGACCACCUCGUCAUCACCAAGAAAAAGGGGGAGGAAUGCUACGUAGCAAUAGAUCACUGUCCGCGAUCACUAGUGGAGGUCUGCUCCAGCGACGCGGCGGCGGGCGCCAAGCAUGCGCUGUUGCUCACACUGUUGGAAAACCACGAGGGACGCACAGUGGAGAUGCUAAUGUCGUGCCCAACGGAGACGGACGCGCGGCGCUGGUCGGAGGCACUAGCGCCGCCGGCCGCCGACGCGGGCGAGACGCUGUACGCGGGCUGGGACUGCCCGCAGGUGGCCGCGCUCUACACCUACGCGCCCACGCAGCCCGAUGAGCUGGCCCUGGCCGAGGGGGAUAUCGUAAACGUCACCAGGAAGACUAGCGAAGGGUGGUAUUACGGCGAGCGGACGCGGGACGGCGAGGCGGGCUGGUUCCCCGGCGCGUACACGGCGGAGAUCGCAUCGCCUCACGUGCGCGCGCGCAACCUGCGCCAGCGGUACCGCCUGCUGGCUCUCUCCGCCACCUACCUCGGACAACGACGCAAACCAGUCUGAAGCUACUCUCCACAUUCCCUCGCGCAUUACGCGGUCAAGAGUUCCUGGCUGUGGCAGCCCUCGAUUGCACGGCAGCCAACUGACUGCGUGAGACAUGGCGAUUAUUUGAAUAUCUUCAGUAACCGAACACUUGUAGCAGCUAGAAGUAUAUUGUGUUCCAGAAGAUGAGGAACCCAGUCUUCUUGUUGCUUUGCGUUUCUUACGAGGCAAAAGACAAAUAAUCACGACAUCGAUUGGCUGAUAAAACUGGUUGCUCAAUAUUUAGACUGCUGCAGCCAGGCUGCCUGUGCGCACCUUAGACACAAUACUUAAAUCGAUAUCUUAACAAACUUUGAUUGACUCUCAUGCUGAAAUCUGUAGCAUACUUUAGACUCUUUUAUCUCCCUCUCAAAUUCUGAUAUCCCACAUUGCGCCCAAUCCCUCGGUCAGUAAGGCAAACUCUUAUGAUACUCUAUACUCUUCUCUCAUAACACUCUGUCAGUCCAAAUUCUAGUACAUACCAUUCGCCACCCUAAUGUACUUAUCGUAACUCUCAAUUUCCAAAUGCCUGAUAAUGACAUUUCAAACUCGUUACGCCACUUUCUGCCCAAACUCUAGGUAUCGGGAAAGACGUUUUACGAAAAUACAUUACGCUCCAAGCUCGAAUACAGAUCUUAUUAUAUGGAUAUUUUUGGAGUACUGAAAUUCAGUAAAAAUGUCCGUCCAGACAUUGCCUUUGUAGUUUGUAAGAUUAUGAAUAUUUUAGAAGUGUUUUGUCUCGAAAACCAUCACUUGUUUUUAGACAUAGCACCGGUGAUCACGUAUAGAAAUUAAAAUCGGUGCUUUGUGAAAAUGUGUUUAUUUCAAUGUUUAUUGUGUGCUAAGAAUGUUUAUCUGUAUUCUGGAUGUGUUGUCUAGAUUUAAUGUUUAUUUACCCACGAAGAGUAUUUUAAAAUGUGCGUGAUAAACGAUGUGUGGAGAGAGGUGUGCGCAGUAUGCUAACCAAAUUUGGCCAAAAACGGCCAACCAUUGGUCUAUGUGGAGUUUAAAACGGUCUAACAUGCACCAACAACAUUCAGUGUUAGAUGGCAAACGAUUGACUUUCUUUUGACGAUUGACCAUUCAGGUUCAAAAUGUUGAAUUCUCAUAAUGUUGAAUUUUCAAAAUGUUGAAUUUCUGAGUUGUGUUAAAUAUUCACAAAAAAAUUUGAUAAAUGCAAGAACUAUGCAAAAUAAUUUAUCUUUGCCUGGGAUUUGAGGGGGGGGGGGGGGGGGGGGUGAUAGGCACCCCAAACUCCCCCCCCCCCCCCCUGCAUAUUCAGCUCUCGUUUAAUUUUUGAGGUUUCCCCCGUUGACGGUGUCUUUUUUUAGGUCAACAUUGUAGGACUCAACAUUUUGCGAAUUCAACAUUUUGAACCUGAAUGCGAUUGACUUUUGAAAAGAUUUUUAAUUCACUGUAUUAACUGUUUAUAAAUCGUCAAAUAAAUCUAGCACUGGUUCGGAAUUACAUCUAUAUAGUAUGUUCGCUGGGCAAAUGUGUACGCACUACUAGGUAUAUUUUUUUCUAGACAUCUAUUAAAUCUGGAACCACAGCUAUUAGAGUAGGUAGGUGCCUAUUAUGGUUUUGUAAGUAUUAUAUUUUGUGAAAUGUACAGUUACGUAUGAGAUUCACAGAAAUUUAUUGUACAGAAAAAUUGUUAUUGACAAAAGAGUAUACCAUUAAGUUGUAAUUUUAAAAUAA